AUGGAAGCGGGUGAUAAGCCAGCGUAUGCGACAAAGCCCUUGCACCGCGGUACGGCGGGUACGGCGGUGCAGAUCUUGGCCAACUAUUUCGCGUUACAACGCCUCAAGCACUUUCCUGAAGCGGCUGAUCAUUACGAUGUAACCUUCAAGUCUGCUUCUCAUGGGAAAAGGGGCGUGAGGGGCGUGAGGGUCCACUGUCCCAUCUGCUGCUGCACACACAGCCUGAACCGCCUUAGACCCUGUAAGGGUAUGGUACACACAGCGCGGCGAUCAGCAGCAGCACCGUCACCAGCUGGUCCGGUUGAGGCCGCUGCAGGUACUACAGCUGCUGUAGCGACCACAUCCUCCGCUGCAGCCGCCGGCCAUGCUGAUGAGGCCAACAGGGAGGAUCUGCCGCCACGCCUGGCGUUCCGGAUCAUGAGCCAGCUGGCGAGAGACGAACGUUGGCCUGCAGCAGCUUGGGCAUUUGACGGCAGGAAGAAUCUGUUUGUGCCGGAGGAGCUGCUUCCGCCGCCGGGAGAACUGCUCGAGUUCAGGGUCGAGCUAAGUCCGGAACAAGCUGCAGGAGGAGGGCGCGUGAAGUCUAAAAUCUUCACGGUGGUGGAUGUGGUGCUUCGGCACCCCUUCAACCUCAUGAAGGACUGCCUCAUCUGCGGCCGCAGCAUGAUAUUUACGCAAAACAAGCCAACGCCAAUAAGCAAGAAUAUGGAGCUUAUUAGUGGUGUGAAGCAGGCAAGCACCUGGGUAGCAGCGGAGGGGCAACAGAACGCGGGGCGGGGCGGAGGGGGGGGGCCUCCAGUGGUCGGGGAAGUGAAGGAUGCAUAUGGGGGCGUGGACGCACGGCAGGUUGCAUGGAGGAGUCAAGGCUCCCGAGCGCCUGGCUGGUGGGGGGCCCCGCCGAGGGAUGGCGGGGCAGACUUGCCCUACAUAUCGCUCCGUCGGCGCGCCAGCAGCUUCAAGGCGGUCGAGUCGGGGCUGGCGCUGAACCUGGACACAACUUUUGGCGCUUUCCUGGCCCCCGCGAGGCUGGGGGAUCUCCUGGGCGAGGCGUGGAGGCGGGGCCCUCGGGAGUUCGUCGCCAGUGCCAAGGGCCUGAUUGGAACCAAGGUGGAGUUCAAGCUGCCCAACGGGGCCAUGCGGCGAAAGGCCAUCCGAGGGUUCUCUGAAGCGGGCGCGGAUAACACCAAGUUUUGGAAUGAGGAGAAGCAGAGGUGA